GUGCGCUGCAUUCGCCGAACGUGGGGCCGGUUUGCGGCUUUUAUUGGCCAGAAAAGAUGCUCGGAAUCGGACCUGACUGGUACGAGCGAGGGUGAAGCCGCUGGAAAGGAGCCGGCUCUUUAAAUCUGCGGGAGUGCACUCAGUACUUGCCGAAGUGGGUUGAAGUCCGAGCGAAUGUGUUUAAGCCAAGGCAGAACGUUGCGUGGCUCUACCCUGCGUUCACAUUGCAGCUGAGAAGAGUAAUGUGCGCUCAAUGACUUUUGGACGAUGGCUUCCACCAUACCUGGAUUAAAUUCCUUGUCCUGCAGAUGACGAGCAUCUUCUCUAAAUAAGGAAGUGGGAGAAUAUCCUGCUCUGGCAAAUGGGUUCUGGACUGUAACUCCACCAAGAGGAAAUGCAGCUCCUCUUUCCAUGUUAUCUUACUUGGUUUAACUCUUCUGCAAACCCUCAAAUCCGGAAUAGACAAUCCCCUCUUCCAAAGUGUAAACAUGAUUUUAUAAUGCUAUAAAUAUGAAUAUAUACAUAUAAUUUUUUUUUCAAGAUCUUUGUUAGAAACUGGCCAAUUUGAAACUUCAAGGAGUAUGUGCUGAGUGACGUGCUCUACCAUAUUCAUUCUAUGUAGCUUUAAAAAAUAUUAAAAUUAACAUCACCCUUACAGCAUAUUUCAUCCAUGUUUGUCCAAAACACAUGCCCACAGGUUAAUCUGUUUCUUGUUCUUUGUUAUUUCAUUUUGGGGAUGUUUUUGUAUUUUUGCUUUGUUUUGAAAGGUUCUGCAUAUACUGGGAGGUGAGUCAACACUGGCCUUGGCAGAACACCAUAAAACCAAGAGAGUAAUUACGUGACGCAAACCUUUGAUUAUUUUUUUCUCUGUAAAACUUUCUGGCACAGCUGGGCAUUCCAGUUGCAAAAGAAGGAACAGGAGAAGAAACUCCUAAAGAUCUGCAUGAAGAGUUAGAAGAGAAUUUUAACAGGGAAGUUUUACUAUCCAAAAUAAAAGCACUUCCCAGUACAGUUAUGGAAUCUCUCCUUUUUCAGCCUUCUCAGAACUGAAGUUAUCUUUUUCACCACUUCUGUUGGAAGGAAGGCUUUAUUUUGGGUUUGGCCUUGUCUGCUUUUUCAAAAGUUGUGUUGCUCUGUGUUCUGUAGGAGGAUUAUAAAAGUAUUAAAAGAAGUCUUACGUUUUGCUUGUUGUGGACCCAGCUGGACCAGCAAUUACACUGUCUUAAGGAGAGUUCUAUUGAAGUUACUGCUUGUUCAGAAGAAGUAUGUAUCAGCAAAGCAGUUGCACUUGAAAGACCAUGGAUUCCUUCAUUUUGCUUGCUUCUGUUCUGUUGCCUAUAAAGUAUCAUCAUCCCUACAUUGUCAGCAGAUGAAUGAUAUCAUCCUGAGCUGGAUUUAAAAUAAAUAUAUACAGCUAGCUCAUGAAUACCAUGUGUCCACAUUGAAAGAGAAAUUUUGUUUAAGCUGUAUUUUCAGGGGAUUGGAUUGUACUCCAUAGUUCUCACUUUGAGUAAAGGACAGACUCUUGUCCAGUGAAAGACUUUCAGUCAAACAGAGGUACAAAAGCCUUCUUCAUAUUAUACAGCUAAAUGUGAAAGAUGUCUUGGAAAAGGACUUAUUUUUCUGUAGGACGGGGUGGCGUUCAGGGGAUGUUCACUCCACGUAAUACAACUUCCAUAGCACCCAGUAAAGGUCUCAGCAAUGAACCAGGCCAGAAUAGCUGCUUCUUGAAUAGUGCUUUGCAGGUUCUUUGGCACCUGGAUAUCUUCCGUCGGAGCUUCCGACAGAUCACAACGCACAAGUGUAUGGGAGAGUCUUGCAUCUUUUGUGCUCUUAAGGGUAUCUUCAAUCAGUUUCAGUGUAGCAGCGAGAAAGUUCUGCCUUCUGAUGCCCUGCGCAGUGCUCUUGCAAAGACCUUUCAGGAUGAGCAGCGCUUCCAGCUGGGCAUCAUGGAUGAUGCUGCUGAAUGUUUUGAGAACCUCUUGAUGCGGCUUCAUUUCCACAUUGCAGAUGAGUCAAAAGAGGACAUCUGCACUGCUCAGCACUGCAUUUCCCACCAGAAGUUUGCGAUGACCUUGUUUGAACAGUGUGUGUGUACCAGCUGUGGUGCCACCUCCGACCCACUGCCUUUUAUCCAGAUGGUACAUUACAUCUCCACCACUUCACUCUGCAACCAAGCUAUUUGCAUGUUGGAGAGACGAGAGAAACCCACUCCAGAUAUGUUUGGAGAAUUACUACAGAACGCCAGCACAAUGGGAGAUCUGCGAAACUGUCCGAGUAACUGUGGGGAAAAGAUACGUAUCCGUCGUGUGCUAAUGAACUCUCCCCAGAUCAUCACCAUUGGGCUGGUAUGGGAUUCAGACCACUCUGAUCUAGCUGAGGAUGUCAUUCACAGCCUGGGCACCUGCCUCAAACUGGGAGAUCUCUUUUUUAGGGUAACUGAUGACAGAGCAAAGCAGUCAGAACUAUAUUUGGUGGGAAUGAUCUGUUACUAUGGAAAACAUUACUCCACCUUCUUCUUCCAAACGAAGAUCCGAAAGUGGAUGUACUUUGAUGAUGCCCAUGUCAAAGAGAUUGGUCCAAAGUGGAAAGAUGUUGUGACCAAGUGCAUCAAAGGUCAUUAUCAGCCUUUACUGCUGCUUUAUGCAGAUCCGAGAGGCACUCCAGUGUCAGUGCAAGACUUGCCCCCUCCGGUGGAAUUACAGCAGUAUAGCAGGACUUGCUAUGACAGCGAGGACUCAGGGAGGGAGCCCUCCAUCUCGAGUGACACCAGGACAGACUCCUCUACAGACAGUUGUCCCUAUAGACACUCACACCAUGAGUCUGUGGUCAGUCACUUCUCUUCUGACUCGCAGGGGACAGUCAUCUACAAUGUGGAGAAUGACACGGCUUCGCAAAGCAGCAGGGACACAGGACACCUGACUGACAGUGAAUGUAAUCAGAGGCAUAUUUCCAAAAAGGGAUCCCUCACAGACCGCAAGAGGAGUUCUAGCCGGGCUCGGAGAAAAGGGGAUGAGAUGCAAUCUUCAGGAUACCAUAGUGAAGGGGAAACACUGAAGGAGAAACAAGCCCCCAGAACAGCCCCUAAACCAUCCAGCAGCACCAACAGACUGAGAGAGUUUAAAGAGACAGUCAGCAAUAUGAUACACAACAGACCAGCCCAAGCAAAUCAAGGCUCUCCUUGUGGAGAGAGUGUAGCAGGUCAGUCAGAAGUACGACGCCCCAAGAACUUGCCUGUGCGUUCUCAUGACUGGGAAAUGGAGAGUACGAGCAGUGAAUCCAAAUCCAGUUCAUCUAGCAAGUACCGUCCAACCUGGAGACCCAAAAGGGAGUCUCUAAACAUAGACAGCAUCUUCAGUAAAGACAAGAGAAGCCAUUGUGGCUACACACAACUCAGCCCCUUCUCUGAAGAUGCAGCCAAGGAAUUUAUAGAAGAUGAGCUGAAGGAACCAGCAACUCAAGGCACAAGGCCAAACCAACUAAACAUCAGGUAUAAGCCCUGGGGUCGGGGAUGGGGCACUCAGCACCUGAUGGAUCAGCAUCCUCGUCUGAUCCAAAGGAUGGAAUCUGGCUAUGAGAGCAGCGAACGCAAUAGCAACAGCCCAGUCAGUCUGGACAUGCCCUUGUCUGAGAGCUCCAGCACCCACAGGGAUUCUCAUAUGAAGCGAUCUAGUGGAUUGGUUCCUGCCUGGCGUAAUAUCCCAAAGUCACAUAGCAGCAGCAUCUUAGAAGUGGAAUCUGCUUCCUCAACUGGAUGGACAAGCAGCCAGCACUCCCUAGGAAAUGGUGGAGAAGCGCCUGCCCCAUCGAAGAGCGAACUGGAUGAGUUACAGGAGGAAGUGGCAAGGAGGGCACAGGAACAGGAGCUACGCAGGAAACGGGAGAAGGAACUGGAGGCAGCAAUGGGCUUUAAUCCCCGUCCCAGCAGGUUCAUGGACCUAGAUGAACUGCAGAACCAGGGGAGGAGUGAUGGCUUUGAGAGGUCCAUGCAGGAAGCAGACUCAGUCUUUGAAGAGUCGCUGCAUCAGGAGCAGAAGGGAGAUUGUGCUGCAGCUCUUGCUCUCUGUAACGAAGCUAUAUCUAAACUAAGACUUGCCAUGCAUGAUGCCAGCUCUAGCACUCACAGCAGAGCCUUAGUCGAUAAGAAGCUACAAAUCUGUAUCCGAAAAGCACGGAGCCUCCAGGAUCACAUGCAGCAGCAGCCAUCGCAGCCGCCGCCGCCGCCACCAACCUGCCGCCCACGACAGGGGGGCACCAUGACCCAAUCUACAAGUGAACAGACUCGCCCGCUCCAAGUACUGUUGAGCCGGGAGGUACCACUGGAACCCAACAGAGAAGUGGAAUUUGGGUCCAGUUCUUUCUUCUGCCCACCUGCUUCCUGCCAUGAAGUACGCUCAUCAUUCUAUCGAGAGUCUUCCUCCCUACCUGUUCCUGCAAGCAGUCCUUCAAAUGGGACCUUUCCUAUCUUCCAGGCUGCUUCUGCUGAUUUCAGUGACCAAGCUCCCUCUUUUCCCUAUGGGCAUGGGUUGGUUGAGAGACCCACGAGGACUGAGAAUGAUGCUCACCAUGUUAUGGAUCUUGAUGGGGCCCCAUCCAAAGGGCUGGAAGACCAUAGGGACUGCAGCAGCAAGCUACAAGACGUCCAUGACAUUACAGCUACUCUUACACCUCAGCACAAAACUAAUGUUAAUACAGUCAACUCUGGGUCUUUGCAUACACUAGUUCCCUGUCCCCCUUCAAUGCAAACAUCAUCUCCUAGUGAAAGCAGUCCACACAGUCCAUGCUAUGGACUGUCAAGCUCUGAAGUGCCUGCUAGAAUAGAUCAGAUAGGGGACAGUCAUUCCAUGAUCUCUGCUGCUUCAUCCCUGUCACUUCAGUGCCCUCAGGCUACUUUCCAGACAGCAAACAGGCACCCCCAAGCAAACAGCCGUGAAACUUUAGGGCUGCCGCAGGAUGACUUCAGUAAUGUGGAGACUUGCAAAUCUAAGACCCAUGCCAUGAAGGGGCAUGUUCGUUCCUUGGCAGAGCAGUUUCAGAGACUGCAUGGAAUGUCCCAGAAAGAAGGUGCACAUGAGAGAGGGUGGGCUGCUGCAGUCUGUCAGGAUGAGAAGUCUCCAGGGCAGAUACAGGAGUCAUUCCCCAAUUCUUCAGCCUCAAGCCACAGGCAAUUAAUUCCUCAAAGUCAAGAAAACAAAGCCUGGUCUUCUGAAAAGUUGCACUCCUCCUUCAACGUUAGGGAUGGGUUUGUUUCCUUGGAAAGGUUUAGCACUGAACUAGUUACUUCUAAGAGUCCUGGAUCACACUGUGGAGACCUGUGUAGAAGAGGUGGACAGAAUGUAGAUGACCCCGCACUUUCCCAGGAAAGGCACACUCAUGAUGGAGGUGUGAGACAGGUGGAUUAUGGAGCUGCUACUGGCAUGGAUGCUUCUCUGCCUGUGGACCGUUGGGUGGACAAUGUCACUAGGUAUUACAGUUCUCAGCUGGGCUGUAAAAAUACAAAAUGGCUUCCUGUGCCAGGGAGGAAUCCACUCCUUUCUGAUCACGGAACAAUCAGAGAUGACCUGCACAGGAAUCCAGUGCAGUUUCACCCACACUGGAGUCAAGACAUAGAGCAGGAAAUCUCUGAGUUGGAGUCCCUCUAUCAGGCUAGCCUCACUGGAAGGCCAGUGUUAGGAGGACUGGACAAUUCCAGGCUCCCAUUGAGCAAGCCAGCUUCUGCAAACAUAACUGCGAGGAAGCUGCACCCUGUAGCCGGCAUAGGUCGCUUGAAAACGCCGACAGCAGAGAUUGAGCACAGUCUCUGUGGUCCCAUUGUCUCUCCUGUCUCUAAGGUUGCAUAUGCCAGAGGCCAUAGCAGGGAGCCAGAAGAGGAGAUGUACAGUGCAGAGAAUUUCCGUCGCAUUGCUCGCAGUCUCAGUGGGACAGUCAUCACAAACAGGGAAGAGACCUUGGUCUCCUCUCAUAGUUUUGAAGCAUCAAAUGUGAGGAAAAUGCCAAAGGAAACCACGCACCGUUCUUCCAGCUCCACUUCCCUCCCUUUUCCCCACGAUCCUUCUAUGUUGCCCUCUGAUCCCCACCACUACCCAACCCAGAUGCAGAACCCGUACCAUGAUGCACUGAUGCCUAGCAUGGUGGGCAAGGCACGUAGACCAUCAGGAGAUCAGAAGAACAUCCAGAAACUUUUGGUUGUGCCUGACGGGGGUGAAACUUUCCGAGGUGAAGACCACCAAGGUGUGGCACUGAACUACAGGAGUAUCCCUUGCACUCAGAAAUGCACUUCUUCCCAAGGGCAGAGGCCUCUUGUUGACCACCAUAUGGGAGAUGACGCAUCAAGGGUCUCUGGCCAGUGGCUGCAGAUGAGCCACACUGCCAGACAAACAGCAACACUGCCUGAUGAACAAACUUUGCAGGUGGGAUACACUGCCCAGCCAGACAAAGGGUUACAGGAAAGUUUCCUCCAGCAGCCCACCCGACACCAAAAAAUGCAUGACUCCUAUGCCGUCAGUUGCAGGCCACCUCCUAGCACAGACUAUAGCACCUUCAGAGUACCACAACGGCUCUCUAGGAAUCGUGGCAUCUCUCUGGUCUGCCCUGUGCCUCCUCCACAUACUAAGCCCCCUGGACCAAAGAGAGUAGAUAUGCCCCCAGAAGAAGACUGGCGUCAGAACAGCUUUACCCUUCAGCCUGGUAGACUGAGAACACUUCAAGUGCACAUGAUGGAUGGAACUUUCUCUUCUGCCUCGGAUGUGCACCGAAGGAUGAUGGCUUAAGCAGCAGCAGCUGACACCUUGCAGAAUAAUGGCUGGUGUGGGCUUAUUCCACUCAGUGUGUUCCCAGGAUUGAUCACCCCAUCGUGAGCAGACUGUCUGAACUAUAGCUGUUGCUUGAGGUGCAGUUGAUAGCAAGGCAGCUAACCCUUCAGUCAGCUAACUCUCUGCUAGUGUUGUCUUUAAAAUGUAGCUAGACUGUAUGUGGAGAUGGUAUUUCUUUCCCUCUAUUGCUAAAGGAGGAACUCGCAGCUAUCCUAGUCUCAGCACAAGCACUCUAGUCAGUAGUAGGUGUAAGGGGCACUGGCUAUGGAUAAGCUCACAGAUUCGUGCUUAUUUGAAGAAAAGAUGUACCUGUUUUUAAAAACUCCAGCAUGAAACAUAAUUAUGGUAAAUUCAUUGCAUACAAAGCCAACAUGCUCUUUUCCUUUUGUUUUCUUCUCCUCCCUCUUGUGUUCCCUACCGGAGGAAAACCUGAUCCACCUUCCAGGUUCCAGCAAAUAUAAACACAGCAGGACUGGUGUUAGGCAAGACAAACCCAACAUUCAGGGUGCUGAGACUUCAAGUCCAGACUACAGCUGUAGUUGCUACUGAGGAAGGGGGAGAGAGACAUUGUCCCACACUAUACCAGAACUUCCCCACUUCCCUCAGGCAGACUAAAAAUGCUUCAAACAGACAUGACUGUUAAUGCUGCACACGUAAUUACACCAAUGUAAACACAGAAUAAGCUUAACUAUUUUAGGGUCAAACAUACUUGCUUUUGUAAGUAUUUUUCAAAUAAAUCUAUGAAAUAGUUCUAUUUAACUGCCUGUGUAAGAAUCAUCUUCAUUUUUUAUUUGGUUUUACUCAGCAGCUGGCCUGAAAACUCUGAUCUAUGUUUUUAAUACACUAACUGGAAUAAAAAAAAUUACAUA